AUGCUCGCGACGACUCGGACAGCGCCUGCGAGGCUAUCGCGUGCGCUCCACGCCGUCCCCGCCGCGAAAGAACCCCUCGCGCGGCCACACACACACUCGUCCGCCCCGCAUCCUCCCCUCGACGCCUCGCUCGCCCUCAGGACACUCGCGCGCGAACGAAUCGCCGCGAUCGACCAGCUCUCUCCCGCGCCUCCUCGCCUCGUCGACCCUCACCCCGCUAUCUCCGCCUCGCACUCGCCUUCUCCAGCCCUGACAGACUCGUUCGGGCGCAAACACGACUACCUGCGAAUCAGCCUCACAGAGAAAUGCAACCUCCGCUGCACAUACUGCAUGCCGGAGACGGGCAACCCGAACCUGCUCCCGCCGUCGCACCUCCUCACGACGCCCGAAAUUGAGCGGGUCGCGCGCAUGUUUGUCCGGCAGGGCGUGCGGAAGAUCAGGUUGACGGGUGGAGAGCCGACGGUCAGGAAGGAUUUGGUGGACGUCGUGGAACGCCUCGGCCGCCUCCCCCUGACCUCCCUCGGCAUGACCUCGAACGGCGUCGCGCUCCCCCGCAAACUCCCCUCCCUCGUCUCCGCCGGCCUAACCCACCUCAACCUCUCGCUCGACACGCUCGACCCGCUCAAGUACGAGCUCAUGACUCGCCGACGAGGGUUCGAGCGCGUAAUCGAGUGCUUGGAGAUGGCGGAGGAGAUGGAGGGGCUGGAUGUCAAGCUGAAUGUGGUCGUCAUUCGAGGCCUGAACGACAUGGAGGUGCCGCAGUUUGUCGAGAUGACCAAGGACAAGAAGAUCACGGUCCGCUUCAUCGAGUACAUGCCGUUCGAGGACAACCGCUGGUCGACCACGAAACUCGUCCCUUCCGCCUCGCUCCUCUCGACCCUCACGGCUCUCCACCCAACCCUGACACACGUCCCGACCCACAAAUCCGACACGACGCGCCACUACGCCGUGCCCGGAUGGAAGGGCAAGUUUGGGUUCAUCAGCUCGAUGACGGACCAUUUCUGUGGCGGUUGCUCGAGGUUGAGGGUGGGUGCGGAUGGGGGGAUGAAGGUCUGCCUCUUCGGCCCUCCCGUCCUCUCCCUCCGCCCGCUCUUGCGCGCUCCCUCGCCCUCUUCCUCCGCCGAGUCGGACUCUGACGCCCACAUCAUCCCUCACAUCGCCCGCGCAGUCUGGGGCAAAAAGUUCGCGCAUGACGGACUCGGCGGGGCCGAGGGGAUCAAGGAGAAGGGGCGGAUGGGCGCGAUGGUGGGCAUCGGAGGGGAAACAGCGCUGGGCCAUACGCUCUCCUCGCUCACCCCGCCCGCCAUCCGAGCCCGCCCUUCGAUACGAAGAACGCGACUUUCCCCUCCCUCCCAGUCGAGACGAAUACAAGUCGUUCCGGUACACCUCCUUGCGUCGAUCUGCUCUCCCUUCGCGUCGACUCUAGGCUUGCGAGCAUUUUACAGCACUCCACGACGAGCCAGCGACGACUCGUCCCCCUCUUCCCCCGACAAGCGAUCUCCCGCACCAUCACCCUCCUCAUCCUCCUCCACCGCAUCUCCUUCCCUCACCCACAUUGAUCCGACGACUGGCAAAGCUUCGAUGGUUUCCGUCUCGCAAAAAGCCUCGACCGUGCGCUCCGCCACAGCCGAAGGCGAGAUCUACCUUGGCGCAUCCGCGUUCUCCCUCAUCGACUUUGGCGGCUCCGCCUCGACGAUGAAGACGAAGAAGGGCGACGUGCUUUCGAUCGCGCAACUCGCCGGCUUGAUGGGCUCGAAGCACACCUCGCUCCUCAUUCCACUCUGCCACCCUCUCUCCCUCUCGCACAUCCACGUCUCCCUCUCGCCCAUCCCUUCGACACACUCUUUACGGAUCAGCUGCACAGCCGAAUGCGUCGGCCCAACAGGUGUCGAGAUGGAAGCUUUGACAGGCGUGAGUAUCGCGGCGUUGACUGUGUGGGAUAUGUGCAAGGCGGUGGCUGGGAAGGAGAUGCGGAUUGGGAAUGUGAGGGUUGUGAGGAAGAGCGGGGGGAAGAGCGGGGAUUGGGAGAGGCGGGAUUAG